AGACGAUUGAUCCGUCAAGUGUGACAAUUAAUGCUAUGACGGACAGAAGACAGAGGUGGGUGGAAUGGCAGCAGCAGUGGAUGCAUAUAGUUGGAAGGAUUAAAGUGGCGGAUGUCUGAGGGAAUUUAAGAGGAAUCUCUUCACGUAUCGGAUGAAAUAAGACGUGGCAGGAUGGGUACGUUUGUGACCCUGGCAGAGGUGUUGGAGGGCCGGGGUUCACCACUGGAUGAAGAUGAGGUCUGGUGCCUGCUGCUCGCCACCACUGAGGCUCUACUGGACAUCUCCAAGAAACGUUCGGGCAACAUGUACAGUGUGCUAAGCCCAGGCUCAUUGCUGCUAUCAGCUAAUGGGAGUUUGGCCCUCAAGAGUUGUGCACGAAAUGAAGACGUGGCCUCCUUCACAGCUCCUGAGGUCCAACAGGUUCAUGCCACCUCCACCAGGAAUCAAGCCGAAAAGAUGGUUGUGUAUUCACUGGGGAUGACUCUUUACUGGUGCGUUGACUAUCAUCUUCCUCAUAAUCAGCCGGUCCAGCUGAGCUCGGAGCUGGAAGGUUUGCUGCUCAGCAUGUGCGAGGAGAUGGUGGUGAGAAGGCCCGACCUCCUGACCGUGCUUGAGACCUGUGAGCUUCACCAUAAGGCUGCGAUGCUGCCUCCAGCUGAAUGCCUUAUAAGACAGCUAGUUGAAGAUGUCUACAGAAACUCAGAUGAUCACAUGCCCAUGGCUGAAAAUGGAUCUAAGCUAACAGACCGCAGUCAAAUGGUCAGAGACAGAUUACACAGGGGAUCUUUUAGUAACUCAACAUGGGCGCUGAAGAAGAAGAUUUCUAGCACAUUCUCAGUGGCUUACCCAUCCGAGCCUAUGGGCUUUCCAACGCAAGGUCGAAACAGGGAGACGUACGGCAGCUGGCAGCAGCUGAACCGCAGCCCCUGCAGUCCGUACUUGGACGGUAAUCGAAACAGCAACUUAAGAUCCCUGGCACAGUUUGAGUCUACAGUUAGUCUGAAUGAAAAGAGAGUGAAGGACUUUGGCCCCGAGUUCAUUAGAAUGUUAGAUGAAGCACUUGUUGUCUUGGAGCUGCCCGGAUCAAUCGUGUCAAAGAAAGGGAAAUCUCCAACCACUCAGCGAGAGAUAAGUGUGGUGAUGCCAAACGGUCAAAGCAUCCUGGUCAAGUGUGAGGUGAAAUCCAGAGGAGGCGACGUCUUUGACAUGAUUGUGGCUCACUCCAACCUGAUGGAGCAUUUCUACUUUGGCCUUGCUUACACUGAUGAUAAUGAGUUCUUCUUCCUGGACAACGACACAAAGAUUUCCAAGGUCGCACCAGAUAGCUGGAAGAAAGUGCCUACCGCCACCUUUGUUCUCUAUUUCAGGGUUAAAUUCUUUGUCAGUGACAUUUCCCUUCUGUUGCACAAUCAGACCCGUCACCAGUACUACCUCCAGCUCAGGAGAGACCUUUUGGAUGACAGGCUGUCGUGCCAUGAGGAGACAGCUCUGUAUCUGGGAGGGCUGGCACUGCAGACAGAGUAUGGGGACUGCAUGCCUGAGGUGUUCGGUAGGAACUACUACCGCCCUGACCAGUAUGUCCCCAAGAGUGUGAUGGAGAAACGUGCCUUGCCUUACAUUCAAGAGGAGCUUAUUCGACUUCACUCCAACAACGCUCAGAUGCUGAGUGAUGAAUCCAAGCUCGAGUUCCUCAAAGUGUGUCAACAGUUGCCUGAAUACGGUGUAUUCUUCCACCGUGUGACACGUGAAAAGAAGCCAAUAGAAGGAGAGAUUAUCCUCGGGGUUUGUGCCAAAGGAGUCAUUAUCUGUGAGGUAAAAGAUGGCAGCAGAUCCACCAAUCAGAAUUUCUACUGGAGGGACACUGCAACCAUCUCUUCAAAUAGGCGGAAAUUUGUAGUAGAGAGUCGUGGCUGCAAGAAGAAGUCUACUUUCAUCACAGAAAGUUCAAAGAUAGCCAAGUAUCUGUGUAACCUUUGUUCAGCCCAACAUAAAUUCAACAAUGAGAUGAACUCUCGUCAGCUCAGCCACAGCCUCACCUCAGAAUCAAAUAUGGUGCAAUAUGCGGGACUGUGUCGUGGCCAGAGCAACCAGCUCAAGUCUGUCUCGUGCUCAGAGACACCACAGGAUGAAAGUGGUCUAACCACACCUCGGGACGAGUCCCUGUCCAAGAUGUGUGAUGACCUCACGGCCAGGGUUGAGGCUCGCAUUAAACAGCAGCGCCAAAUCAACAAUGAGCAGAGUACCUUCUUCAGCAGCCAGCGCAGUAGCCCUGCGGUGCGUUCCCCAGGAUUCUCUCACAGGAGUGUAUCUGAAGCUCCCUCUGGUUCUCCAGCAGCUAGAGAAACCCCAACUAAAAUGAGGUCGUCAUCAGAGCGAGAAGUCAUAUGUGUGUCUUUAAAGAAAGACCCAAGGCUUGGCCUUGGUAUAAUAAUAGUGGGCGAGGACACAGUUGGAUGUUAUGAUUUGGGCAUCUUUGUUGCUUCUAUUGUGCCUGGUGGACCAGCUGAUAAGGAUGGACGCAUCAGACCAGGUGGUCGCCUGAUCUCUCUGAACCACGUCAGCCUGGAGGGGCUCACCUACAGUGAGGCGGCAGAGGUCAUGCAGAGCAGCCCAGAGGAGGUGCAGCUCAUUGUCUCACAGCCAAAAGUUCGCCUCAGUCCCAACUGCGAGCGCUCACCUGUGCUGAGAAACUACGAAUCCCAGAAUAUGGUGAUGGCAGAUGGCCGAUCAGACGACAACAGCGUGGAUGAGGUCAUUUCAGUCAUGAUGACACCGAAGACCGCUAACAGGCUACACGUCCCUGUUGACGUACGAGUCCUUGGAGCACAGGAUGCGUCUUCUCUGUCGUCGUCCUCCCUGAACUGUGUGAGACCUGAGGAGAUCACUGUGGAGCUCAGGAAGAUGUCAGGAAGUCUAGGCAUCAGCAUCUCUGGUGGCGUCGACACAAACCUUCCUAAUGGAGGGAUUUACAUCAAGAGGCUUGUUUCUGGAGGAGCAGCUGAGAGAGACGGACGCAUACAUAAAGGCGACAGACUGUUGGAGGUGGAUGGUGUUAAUUUCCAGGGCGUUACUUACCAGCAGGCUGUGGAUUGUCUGAGUAAAACUACUGAGGUGGUUACCAUGGUUGUGGAGAAGGAGCUGAUGAACCUGUCCACGGUUUCUCUCAGUGCGGACACCAGCAGCAGUGUGUCCAUUAAGAGUCUCAGUCCAGCGUCCAGCAGGCCCAGACUCAAGAGCUCCUCGUCCACCAGCACUCCUCCAAACACGAUCAGCGAGCGACGCAAAGGCUACAGCUUUGUCACUGAUGAAAACACCCAGGAGGUGACGCUGACUAAGAAUGCCAGUGGCCUGGGCUUCAGUUUCCUCAUGUGCGAGGUGGAUCCGCCCACCCGGGAGUUUAGCAGCCUGGUGCGCAUAAAGGAGCUUUUCCCGGGUCAGCCGGCUCAGCAGAGCGGCACAAUCCAGGAGGGAGACGUCCUGUUGGCCAUCAACGGCCAGUCACUCAAGGAGCUCUCCUAUCCAAAGGUGCUAAAAUUGUUCAAGAAUUCACCACCUGAAGUUCGACUGACACUCUAUCGGCCUCCCCCUGGGCUUCUUCCCUCCAUCGAUCAGUUCCCCGGCACAUGAGCAACCUCACAGCGAUGGGCGGAAGGAAACAAGGCUGUUUUUUCAAGAGCAUCGACGUGACCUCACUCGACACCAACGCUGCAGAAAGGUUCAUUGAAGGGACCCACAUGGAUCAGGAAGUCACAGUGGUUGGACGCUGUAUGACACCAUCGUGUCAAAUUCUGUGGGAUUAUGAAGCAGAUGUGUGGAUUAAAAAGG